UUGGCAAAUUUAUAUAAUUAUUAAAUUUCGUAAGGCGCAAUUUUGCUUUACUGAAGUUUAUUAUUUUAACAAUUUUAUGAUGCCUAGCUCAUUAGAUAAUAAUAUUUGGGUCAUUGAAAAACCUCUUCAUCAAACGUAUUUAAUAGAAUUUCGUACGGAGCAAUGUCAACUAUUUCUCAAACACAAAUGCAAUAAACAUCGUCCAUAUACUUGCUUUUACUGGCAUUUUAUGAAUCAGAGAAGGAGACGGCCAAUAAAACAUGAAUCUGGAAAUUUUAAUUAUCACCCUGACAUAUAUUGCACAAAAUAUGAUGAAGCAACUGGAGUUUGUCCAAAUGGUGAUAACUGUCCAUUGUUGCAUAGAACAUCUGGCGAUACUGAAAGAAGAUAUCAUCUUAGAUAUUACAAGACAGAAAAUUGUGUACAUGAAACUGAUAUGAAAGGUAGCUGCUCAAAAAAUGGAAUACACUGUGCUUUUGCUCAUGGCUUGUUUGACAUAAGAGAACCUUUACUAGGUUCAGAUGAAUCCAUUUUAGAUGAGUUUAUUCAUAGAGCAAUUACAAAACAACUUUUGGUUAAAAGCUUUACUAAUAUCAUAAAAGAUAAUGGAGAAAACAAAUUAAAUAAUAUAAAUGGUAGUAAUUCAGAGACAAUGUUUGAUAUUGAUCACAUUUUACCUAAUGGCCAGAUUCUUAAUCAAAAUAAUACCAGUGAUAUUGAUAAGGAAACUUUAAAGUUUUUACUCUCUUCAGAGAACAAUAAUGAUGAAUCAAAGUCCAUUCCAUUAACCAAAUUAUUUGAGGUUAUAAAUUCCUUGAUUAAACACUCUUCUAUGUCAACUACUAAUAAUGGAGAAUCAUCUUGUGCAGCCAAUAAUCAAUCUCAAAAUGGUCAUUUAUCAGUUAAUUUAGAAGACUGUAAUUCUAAUCAAGUUUAUAAAUACAAAAUGGUUGAAAAAUUAAUCAAUAGAAAUGCUUCACCAACUUCUGUUCUAGUCCUGCCCACUACAAUUCCUACUAUCAAUGCUAAACAACUACAAAAUUUGAAAAGACGUUUGCAAAUAAUAUUUAUGAAAGAAACUCUAAAUGGUGGGAAUAUUGAAUCUUUUGAUUCAAUCAAUUCCAAGGCCAAUACAAAUUUCAAUGGGACUAUUAAUCAUUUUAAUGGAACCUCUCCACUGCAUUUUACUAAUGGUGGUAUAUCUAAAAAUAUUAAUCAAACAGAUAAUAAUGCAGUUAUGCUGAAAUUAAAUAAGAUAUGUCCAAUGUUAUUAUUAGAAAAAGACAGGGUUUUGCAAAAUGAAGAUAUUAAAUGGAAAGACGUUUCUUACGUUUUGACUCAUUAUAAAACUGAAUGCUGCGAAAAACCACCUAGACUUUGCCGACAAGGUUAUGCUUGCCCUGCCUAUCAUAAUGAUAAAGACAGAAGAAGGUCUCCCAAGAUUUACAAAUAUCGAUCUACUCCGUGUCCUACCAUUAAACAUGGGGAUGAAUGGGGUGACCCUAAUAGCUGCGCGAAUGGGGAUGAAUGCUCCUAUUGUCAUACAAGAACUGAACAACAGUUUCAUCCAGAAAUAUUUAAAACGACCAAGUGUAAUGAUAUGAUGCAAACCGGGUAUUGUCCUAGGGGACCUUUUUGCGCAUUCGCUCACGUUGAACAAGAACUUUGUUCAGAACGUAAACUAAUUAAUCAACUUAUGAUGGGUGUCGACGGUGUUAAUUGUCUCAACUUCCCAAAUCAUUUGGUAGAUAAUUCUUUGAACUUUCAUUCUUCACAUACUUGUGCUAAUACUAUAUCUUUAAAUAUUAAUAAUGCGAAUCAAAUAAUGAUGCAACAGGCUCCUCGUCAUUUAUCCACUGUUAAAAAUGGUUAUAAUCAUACGAUUAACAAAACUCACAACCAUAAUUCGAUAAUGAAUAAUAAUAACUUUUGCCCUUCCUUCCCUCCCCCAUCUCUCGAUUACAAAGAAUUAAGACAUUCGAAUAACACUUUAGCUUUCAAUCAAUUACAAGCACAACAAAUACCUUUCAAUAAAAAUAACCCAAAAAAUAUGGAUAAUUUUGAAGCAAGAUCAGAAAUUAACAAUAGAGGAUUCCCGGUUCAUAAUUACGGUAUACCUGGUUACAAUGUUGUUUUUAAUAAUAACAAAAGUCAUCUUAUGCCAAAUAAUGCAAAUGGUGCAAAUAAUGGGUGGGGCAAACUGGAUCAGCCUUACGAUAAUUUAAAUUACUUUGAAAAUUCAAAUCUACAAAAUGUGAACUCUCAUCACCAUAAUCUUAAUGCGUUUAAUCUCAUUCACAAUAAUAAUUUGCCAUCUUAUGCCAGUAAUAGUUUCGAGGUUGAAUUAUCAAAUCAAUCACAGCCAAAUAAAUUUCCUAUGAUAUCAUAUAAUGAACCUGAAAGACAUUUUGAGAAGAUUCAAGACAAUAAUGGGAUUAACAAUCAAGGAUGUGAUGGUCAGGCACAAUUCAUAGCCCCUAUUGGCACAAAAUCUAUCAGCAAAUUCGAGGAAAUUCAUUUUGAGAAAAAUAUUGAUCACCAUGACCUAAAUCUCGAUAAUAACAUGGUUAUCAAUAACGGUUACAGUCCAGAAAUAUCUACCUUCCUGACUCUUUUCCCGCCUACAUCUGAAAACGAAAGGUUAUGCGAUCCUGAUAACGAUUUAGCCUUAAAGCAGCAAAUAAUGUCGUCCCAGGGGUGCAAUGGUAAAUUAUGGGAUAGCUCUUCUCUCCUUCCCACCCUAGAUGGGAAAUCCGAGAAAUCUAAACAUUUUUCCAUUGAAGAAUUUUCACGCCAUAUUAACGAUAGCAGCCAUCAAACUUCUCUCUUUCCCAACAUAGAUGCUUUGCUAGAAAAUUUGCCUGUAGAUUCUAUCAAAACUCACGUCGAUAAAAUCCGCACUUAUCUGGAAAGAGUUGAAAAGACUCUCACCCAAAAGCAGAGACCGCCAAAUGCAACUUUCAAAAAUAUUAACCAGGGUCUUCAAAGUUUAUGUCCUGCCUGUGGGAUCAAACCUACAUAUAUGGAUAUGAAUACAGGCAUUGAUGUAUUGUGCUCUAAUUGUGCAAGUUCGAAGGAAAUGGCUCAUAUCAGAUACCUGAGUUCUAAAAUGGAUAAUAAUGAAUCCACUAUCAAUGGUGCCAUUUAGGCAAAAUUAUCUACUUUUCUAAUGCAAUUUGUUAUUAACUUAAUAGAGUUCUUAUAAAAUUAAACACUUAUAUAAUAUUUUUUUAAAUUGCUUAGAAAUUUUAUAUUGUAUUUUAAAAAUUUUAUACACCUUACAUUACAAGUAUUUAAGAAAAAAUAAUGAUAACAAUGCAAUCUAUCUUUUUUAUAUAUCGGGACUAAAAUUUGAGCAGUUUUUUUAUAAAUAAUGCUAAAAUAACGACAUAGUUUAUUAUACAGCAUUUCAUUCAUAAGGUAUUUUUGAAACUGGGUUGCAUUACGAUAAAAUUUAUUUAAUUAACUGUAAUUAAAAAUGACUUGUAUGUAUAUCAUUUGCGAAUCCUUAACUUUAUACAAGAACUCCUCAUAAAAAAAUAUAUAUCUAUAAAUUACCCCUUUAAUAUUUUGAAAAAUAAAUAAAUUUUUACUAGCAUCAAAAAACUUAAAAGAAAAUUGUGAUAGCCAUUUAAAAAAAUAAAUAAAAUAAUUAUCAAAGUUUAUAUAUAUUUUUUAUCAUUUUCUAAACCCCCAUCUCCCCACCCAAUUAAUUGUAUACUCAAAACAAAUAUUUUAAAAUAGUUUUUUUUUAGCAAAGAAAAUUAUUUUUCAAAUUGUAUCAUUAUGUAUUUUUCCUCACACUCCUCUCCUUUAUUUUAUAUAUCAAUCAAUGCAAUUUAAGCGCUAUAUUAAGCAAGUAUUAUUAGAAUAUCCAAUGUUUCAAAAAUAAGUAUUAUAUUCAUAGUUUUUUUUUUAAUUUGCAGUAUUUUCUCUUCUCUUGUUUUAUUGUAAAUGCUAAUUUUUAGACAAUGUUGAAUAUUUAUUUUUCUACAAAAUGUAGAUAAACACAUUAAUUAACUAAACUAUUUACACCGUUUAUUAAUCAGUUGCCUGUGUAACUAGUUAACCCUCCACUCUAACCCAAAUUUUAUUUACAUUCUGUAGUUAACGAGUCCUUACUUAUCAUAUUAUAUAUUAUUAGCUUAUAAGAUUUAGAUUAUACAUAAAUUUUUAUAUAUUAAAUUAGUAGAUUUAUUAAAAUAUUUAAAAUAACAUAUAAAUCAAAUUAUCUUUAAUUUUAAAGAACAAUGAUCCAUUAUAACCUUUUUCUUCCUCUUAGAUUUAUAGUGAUAGUUCUUAUGAAAACUAAUACCUUAUAUAUACACUCACUUUAUAAUAAUGUUAGUUAGAUAUAAUAUAUUAACAAAAUUACAAAAAAAACAAAUUUUUUAAAAUAAAUAUCUUAAUUAAUUUGAUAUUUAUAUAAUAUAGAUAUUAUUUUAGAUAAAAUUAUAAAUGUUCCUGAUUACGCCCUUCCCUCCCAUAUGGUCGGCUUUAUAUUAAAGUUUUUACUAACUUUAGUAUUGUUCAUUUGUCAAACUUAUAUUUUACUUUUUUUAAAUGGGUUUGUGUUGACUUUUUGGAUGAUUUGUUUACUAAAAUCUAUUAAUAUCAUGUAUUAAUCCUGCAUUUGCCAAUUUUUUUUCAAUUCAUAUUAUAUCGCUCAUUUAUUUU